GCGCUGGAAUCUAGCCUAUAAUACUGAUAAACACAUAUUGUUAUUUUUUGCAGUGUAAAAUUAGCAUUGACUAAAGUUUUGCGUCAAAAUAUAGUGAAUACGUUUGUUUGCAUUAAAAAUAGAUACGUUCUCCAUGACCGAUUAACAAAAAUUGUUCAUAACCUGAAAGCCUUGCGAAAAUGACGGGUCGAGUGAUACCGGAACAAAGGUUCUUGAGUCGUGCCUUUACGUCGCGAGUUGCUCUAGCACUUUUAAUACUGAUAAUUUUCUUCGGAUUCCCGGCUCUCUGCGGAGGCCACGGACAUUCACACGAUGAACCUGCAAGCUUCAAAUACAGCCAAGCGGCAAACCGAAAGUCUCACGAAUCCGCCGAUCUCCAUCACCAUCACGAGCAUCAUCAUCGCCACCAGCACCACCAUGAAGAACAUCACGUCCACGCUUCCGUAGAUUCUCAACCCUCCGACUCCCCUAAAGGUCGAGACCUGGUGUCGCUCUGGAUAAAUGCUGUCGGUUCAACCCUUCUCAUCUCCGCUGCACCAUUUUUAAUUCUGUUUCUUGUCCCAUUGGACAACAGUAAAGAGAAGGAACCUUGGCUGAAAAUGGUCCUAAGUUUCGCCUCUGGAAGUUUAUUGGGUGACGCAUUUUUACAUCUGAUUCCUCACGCUCUUGAACCCCACUCUCAUGCCCAUGACGAUUCUCAUGCUCAUAGCCACGUUCCAUCAGGAGAACACGGACAUGAACACGGACAUGAACACGGACAUGAACACGGGCAUGAUAUGACCGUUGGCUUAUCAGUUUUACUGGGAAUAAUAACGUUCCUUAUGAUAGAAAAAGGAGUGCGUUUAAUCAAGGGAAAUCAUUCACAUUCCCACAGUCACAACGUUCCUGCCAAGGAAAAGAAGCCAACCAAAGAUUCCAACAAAGACAAGACUGAUGGCAAGGACAGCCAGUCGUUGGUAAAACAAACUGAACCCAUCGAGAACAUCAAGAUUGCUGGGUACUUGAAUUUGGCUGCUGAUUUUACGCACAAUUUUACAGACGGACUCGCUAUCGGUGCGAGCUACUUGGCCGGUAACAAAAUCGGAAUCACCACUACAGUAACCAUUCUGUUUCAUGAGGUACCUCAUGAGAUUGGGGACUUUGCCAUUCUCAUUCAAAGCGGAGUUAGCAGAAAAAAGGCGAUUUGGCUCCAACUAAGCACUGCACUGGGUGCUGUUACAGGAACGUGCGUGUCCUUAUUAGCUGAAGGAAUGGGUGAUUUCGCCACUUCAUGGAUAUUGCCAUUUACCGCCGGUGGCUUCAUAUACAUUGCAACUGUCUCUGUGAUUCCUGAGCUUCUAUCAGACACCAAAUUUUGGCAAUCAAUUAAGGAGAUCAUUGCCUUGUUAUUCGGUGUUUUUGUGAUGGUGCAAAUAGCAAAGUACGAAUGAAUAGUGAUAAAGUGACCGUAUGCAGUACAUGUAUCUGUUGAAAAUUUUCUUGCAAAUGUUAGAAAAGUAUUUUUUUCAAGAUAUCAUUUUGAGCUGCUAAUAAUUGUAAAGGGAGUAAUGUAAUUAGUGACUAUGAUUUUUCGACUAGCGACAAUGUACUUUUACCUAAUCUAGCUACAUGGGAUAUUUGUAGUUUCAUUAUUAGAAAGGAUAUUUUUCGUUGUUAAUAUUUUUCAUACUUUACACAUUUUUUUUAUAUACGGCUAUACAUUGGGAACAAUUCUUGAAGAUUAUGUGAUUAAAAUUUUUGAGAUUUGUUCAAUAUCAAGAGAUGUGAGUAGCUGCAAGGCUCGCGGAUUUCAACCGUGUAUAAUUUAUUUUUAUAUAAGUAUAAGUAGACUCAGACGAAAUUUAGCUAUGACUUGAAAACAAAUUCCUGUGCAAUCUAGUUGCUGUAAUAAUUAUUAUAGUCAUUAUCAAAUUGAGAAUAUUUACGCAUACAUCACACGACAUUAAAGUUGAACUACAAUCUGUACUGAUGUUUAAUAAUUAAAUGGAACUCGUCAUUGUUUUAACAUUCGCAUGUUAAAUUGGAAAUAUGGUUCUUCAGUAAAUAAUCUUUCAAAUACUUAUUUGAGGCUAAUUGCUUGGAAGCAAGAAUAUUCGAUCAUAUUAACACAUACUAAGCAAAAUUUGCUUGAGAUUUUAUGAUGCACUUGUAAUGUGGCAUCUUCAGUGUAUAUAAUUGCACGUUUGACAUUAUCUGUUAUUGAGUAUCAGUAAGGUCAAAGCAAA